AUGAAGCAAAUGUUGAAUUUUAGAGUCAUCGAGCAUACGAUCAGGUGUCAAAAUAUUCGUCAGCGCCCGGGUGCUGUGAAACUCGGACAUGAAAGGGGGCUCAGACUUGCAGUAAAGCAAUAUCUGCCCGGGGGCGAUCGCAAGCCACAGCCGUCCGAUGUGACUUUGAUAGGGGCACAUGGAAAUUCAUUCCCCAAGGAACUUUACGAGCCUCUCUGGGACGACUUGUAUGAGCGGUUACGCGCAAAAAAACGUCACAUUCGGUCAAUCUGGAUCGCCGAUAUCGCCCAACAAGGACAAAGUGGCAUCUUGAACGAGGAAAUAUUAGGAGAUGAUCCGGACUGGUUUGAUCAUGGACGUGAUUUACUCCACUUGAUCAAUCAAUUCCAAGAUGAUAUCUCGCACCCGAUAGUUGGAAUCGGCCAUAGCAUGGGUGGGGCGCAACUGGCUCAUAUGUCUCUCAUGCAUCCCGCUCUCUUCAAUGGCCUCAUUCUGCUCGACCCAGUGAUUCAGCGCGAGAACCCCGGGAGUGCGUUCGCGCGGGCGUCUACAUACAGAAGAGAUCUAUGGCCUUCUCGUGAACAAGCCGCCCAAAUAUUACAGUCGAAACCUUUCUACCGAGCAUGGGAUCCCCGCGUUUUUGAGAAGUUCGUCGAAUAUGGGCUUCGGGAUCUUCCUACUCCGACAUAUCCAAUAUCAGAGGAGACGGGCCAAUCCGCCGUUACAUUAACUACGACGAAACCACAAGAGCUUUAUUUCUAUCUCCGGCCUUCAUAUGUGGAUGAGCGAUCGGGCCUUGCUCGAGGUGUACCCAAAGAUGAUAUGCAUCCAGAUGAUAUCGAAGACUCUCCAUUCCAUCGCCCGGAACCAGCACACAUAUUUCGUCAAUUACCUCAUUUAAAACCAGAUGUUCUAUAUCUGUUUGGGGAAACCUCUCCACUAUCUUCACUGGCUGCCCGUCAGAAAAAGAUACAGAUAACGGGCACUGGUGUCGGUGGAAGUGGGGGAUUUGCUAGUGGCCGUGUGCAGGAAAUUAUUCUACCGUGUGGCCAUAUGGUUCCCAUGGAAUUAGUUAAAGAGACUGCUGAAGCCAGCGCUUGUUUUAUUGACUCGACGCUUUCGUCCUGGGAACUAAAAGCUGCAAAAUUCCAACAGGCGUGGGGGCGAGUUCCUCACAAUGAGCGCGUGGCGAUCGACAAGCAAUGGGAAGCACGUGUCAAUUAA